GGCGAAGAGGCCGCCCCGAGGCGCACAUGCCACGGAAAUCACGACAAGGCGCUUAUGCGUUUCUGGCAGUAAACAUGCUUCGACGCGUUAUCACGGCGUGAAUUAAUUCACUGAAAUCAGAUCUCUGAGAGCCACAAGUGAACGCAAAUGGACGCGCAAGCGCCGAAAAGGCGCAAGACAUCGUCCUUGAAGGCCACUCCGGUCCUCAAUCGCAACAUUGUUGACCCGACGUCUCUUCCACGCGCCUCGUACCUGUCCCCGACGCGUGCCAGUCUCUCGCGCUUCAACCCGUCUUUAAUUCCACCGGCGCGAGCGGAAUCUGCAAGAUCCGCUUCUCAGAAUGUCUCUGCUACUCCAGACGCACGACAGAGCUUGACGCCUGAUCAGAUCCUGGCAAAAGGGCAGGAUGCAUUCAAUUAUAUCAUGGGUAACUUCAACACACAAAUGCAGCGUACACUCUCUGCAAUUAGCGGUAGAACUAGGCCUAGCCCUUUGAGCGCUAGUGCGGCUGCUCUCACGACUCCCGGGAAAGACGCGCUUGGGAAUGAUAUGAUUACGCCUAUUGUGCCGACUGGAGAAGAGACGGAUGAACAGAUGGAAGCCAUGCGGUCCCAGAUCAGAGCCCGGAAAGAACAAGAGCGUGCGGAACGCGAAAGGGCAGUCAAAUCCGUGCGAUCAACUUCUUUGACAUCCCCAAGAGAGUAUGGAUAUUUGCCGCCCGAAACCAUGCAUCUUGGCAAAGAUCAGGAUGAUGAUGAGCUCAGUGUGGAGAUUGGGAGGAUUGAUCGCAGGCAUGUUAGAACCGAUACCGUUCGUCUCAGCGGCACGCCGCCUUCUGCCAUAAGGCCCGUGUCUGAACUGGUCUCUGCACAUCAACCCAACAUGGACGACAUGGACAUUGAUCCCGCAAUAGACGAGAUAUUGCAAAUUGAUGAACUGAGCCCAGAUGUUGCUGAAUAUCGAUCCUCUUCACGACAUAUCAACAAAGAUUCGGCGGUACGGCAAUCAAAUCCGCUAUUGCGUAGAUUAGCCACGGAAGAGGAAGAUGAACUACCCGAAACUCCGGAAGCGAUACGAAGGCAGUUUGAGGCCGAGGAUCAUCCACCACGCGGAGUGCUAUUCUCAUCUCCAAGAAAGCGCAAGGCAGUGCAAGGAACACGAAAAUCACCGCGGAAGAGUAGCCUUUCUUCGGGCGGGAGAGGGGGACCAGAUGGAUCACAGAAGCCACAGAUACAAGAACCAGAAGGCACGACGAAGUCGGAGAAUACUCAAACGCGGCACGUCGAGGAACCCGAUCCUCGGCUUUUGGCCAGGCAAGAAACAAAGACCAGGCUUGAUGCUGAGCUGCGGAGGCUAAAAGAGGAAGUUGAAAAGUUUGAGUAUUUUGCUAAGCUGUACACGGAGAAAAAUGAAGAUGAUUUAGAAAAUAUGGAAUCAGUGAUCGAGUUGUUUAACUCUAUACACAGGAAGGAUGCGGACAAGACACCUGAGCCAUCCUUAUCAUCCUUAUUAACGUCCUUUCUACCAUUCUCAGUACCAGUGUCUCGGUCUCUGAAGGAGUCUGAACACUCCAAGAACGAAGACUUCAUUAUUUCACACCAACCGCUCAAGGAAAAAGAGCCACUCCCAUUGAGUAGCUUGUUCACACCUCUCAAUAUCGAGUCCAACACCAGCUCACCUGUUCCAGUCCCCGAUUCACACAAGCUCCGCCAAAAGCAUAGCGUUGUGCUUUCUUCCCCUGGAUCCUUACUCACUUGUUCCCUAGACGUCACAAUCAUUUCUGAGCACGGUGCGGAUUCUACACCUUCUGUCGAGAACUUGGUGGUUAAGGACUUGUCAUUUUGGGCGAAAGAAGAAAUUGGCACUUGGAUUGAUCAGAAGUGCAAAGAAGGCGAUCUUGCCGCCGUGGGCUACGGAUUAGGACGAUACUGGGAUGUUGCUGUUAAAAGAGCACGAUGCUGGAUGGUCUGCAGAAAGGAAUUCGCGAAGUUUGUUCCAGGUGACUCUUUAGUGGAUGAUGAGACAGUGAAGAGUGACGAAGUGGAUCUUGGCGCUGAGCAUACUAAGCUCUCGAAGAAGGCUUUGCUCUCAACACUGGGGCUAUCAUCCCUAAUCCUACAAAACGAGGAAGUAGUUCUCAAAAUACCGUGGAGAUUACAGUUCGACUGGACAGGAGAUGUGGAGUCAAUUAUUAGCGCAGAAGCGUCGUUUCCGGCGAGUUGGCAUGAAACUGAUUCAGGUAAUGCGUUACGAAGAAUACCCCGAACUUUUGAAGCACUUUUGCGGGAUGGCGGCGUUACGAGUGCGGUCAAGGUCGUGGGAAAGUUGGUUUUUGAUACCCAGUAGUACUUGAGGCCCAUGAUUGAAACCCGUUGCAUCUUUAUUUCUUCAUAUUUUUCAGCUUUAGCUCCGGUUUCUUCUUUCUCCUUCAUUCUUGGUCCACAGAGUAAUCGUAUAUAUCACGAUGGUUUCACCAUGUAUUAUUAUCAACCGAACUUCUGUCCGAAGAUCUGCUCUAUUCUGAUGGCCAUGAAAUCACACGAGGAUUGCGAC